CAUUUAUCGCAGAUUAUAAAUUGUCAACACCUGAAACGGUGCAACAGUACAUUCGCUAACCUUCCCCAGUAGAUGCAGGUGGACGUCUCUUUUUUUAACAGCAGGCUACAUUUUAAUAACCGGAAUGUCCGAGGAGGCUGAAGGAGUGAUGACUUUGGAAGAAGAGCGGGAACUGGAUGACAAGGUUGUUAGUCCAGAGAAAGCAGAAGAAGCCAAGUUAAAGGCCAGAUUUCCCGGUCUCGGAGCCAAACACGGAAGCUCAGAUUUUCUUAAAAAAAGACUUCAGAAGGGGCAAAAGUAUUUUGAUUCUGGCGACUACAACAUGGCCAAGGCCAAAAUGAAGAAUAAACUCCUGCCAUCAGCCCCAACGGAGAAGGUCGAGAUCACUGGCGGUCAUAUCCCCACACCUCAGGACCUCCCUCGGAGAAAGACUUCCAUUAUGACAAGCAAACUGGCUGGCUGAUGGGUCUGUUUACAGCUUUACUACUAUUCCAACCACUUAAAAGCCACUUGCCUUCAGCAUUUCACUGUUUCCCUGCAUUCUUUUUUUACUUACAAACCAACCACUUAAAGAAAAAUGGGCCCUUCAGGCACUACAUUUGGAAUUUAUAUCUAGGUAAGGAGUACAUAAAUGUUUCAAGGUCAUACACUGUGGAUUGAACUAAAAGCUUGAGUGCACUUAAAUAGGGAUGGGUAUGAGUGCUGCCUUUUAUUUUGACUAUUGAAUUAAAAAAUACUGCUUUAAAAAAAUUGUCUAUAGAAACCACUUUAUAAAGUCAGUAAGUUAAGGAACAGCACAGUGACAUGAUACUUGAUGAAUGCAUUAUCUACAUUCAUGUUUCAAUGUUAAUUUUAAGGGCAAAUGCUGACACAUCUGUUGGAAAAAUAUUAGUCCAACAGCCCUUAAAUACUUCUGGCGGUCUGAUUGCAUACUGUCUGACUGUGGUUUGAAUAAGACACAAAAGGUGGGUUCAAUCUCAUUGUGACAUGUCAAAAUUGGCCUUAAUUGAAGUGAAAUACUGUUCUUGAGCAAUAUUUGCUCUCACAUGCGCAUCUUGCCACUGUUUGACUUGAAUCAUUAAUUUUAUUGAACGAAGCUCCCUGUAUUUGUUUUUGUAAAAAAUAAAAUAAUUUUGCAUAA